AUGUCUGAUUCUACAUCUUCCAUAAUUGGAUACCCAGCUCACUGGAAUACAAACAGAGCCAAACAAAAUCCAUGGCAAACUCAGGCACCGGUCCGUAAUCGGCCCCUCACAGCGAAUAUGGUGUCUACAACUUCAAUUCCUCCCUCCUCGAGUGCAAUCCCUGGCCUCUCUGACGAGCACUAUAGGCAAUUGAUGGAACUCUUGCAGCCCAGGGCCAAUUCCAUCUCUGCCUUCUCCGGGAUCGAUUCCUCCAUUUCCCCCCAAAUUCCUUGGAUAAUAGAUACAGGGGCUUCGGCCCAUAUAGCCUACACUAAUUAUUUAUCCAAGGCCCAUGGUGUUUUGGCCCAUUCUCAAUUUCUCACAUUGCCCACAGCUUUGGUUGAGAGAGGAAUCGAGAAGAAAAGCAAGAAGAAAGGCCGAUUGAAGGAAAGAAAAGAAAUGGGAAAGAAGAAAUCUUUCAUAGGUUUGGAAGGCAAGAAGGAUGCAUAUUAUUGCAAUUGUAAUGAUGGAUUGAGUGAUGCGAUUUACCAGAGGAACAUUGAUUAUGCAUGUGGAGCUGGAGCAGAUUGUUCUCCAAUUAUGAAAAAUGGCCCAUGUUUUCAGCCAAAUACUGUCGAGAAUCAUUGUAAUUUUGCAGUGAAUAGCUAUUAUCAAAGAUGUGCUCAGGUUCAGGGGAGUUGUAGCUUCUCAAACACUGCCGCUGUAGUUCAAGACCCACCUGGUAAGCAUCGUCUUACCUACAAAAGCAGAAUUAUACCUUGA